GAUCUGAAGCCCCUCCGCCGUUGAAGUCGAAGUAAACUCCUCCCUCCUCUCUCUCUCUCUCUCUCUCUCUCUCUCUCUUCGCCUUGGAGAUCCGAAACCCUAGCCAUGGCGGAUCUCGUGGCCUCGCCCCUACGGCCUCCUCCUCCGCCGCUGCCGCCGCACCCGCCCACCGCGACGGACCUCUUCGGCGACCCGAUCGAGUCCCACCCGCCGUGGUUCAAGGCCGAGGCCUUCCUCCGGCCUGACUUCUCCCCGGAGUCCUACGUCGCCGAGCUCCGCUCCUUCGUCCCCCUCGAGAGCCUCGCCGCCGAGCUCCGCGCCCACGCCGACGCCCUACAGGCCGAGCUCGUCGACCUCAUCAACCGCGACUACGCCGACUUCGUCAGCCUCAGCACCCGCCUUGUCGACGUCGACGCCGCCGCCGCCCGCAUGCGCGCCCCGCUCGCCGAGUUCCGCGGCAAGGUCGCGGCCUUCCGCGCCGCCGUCGACGCCGUCCUCGCCGACCUCCGCGGCGGGCUACGGCGCCGCGCCGAGGCCGCCGCCGCUCGCGAGGUCCUCGAGCUGCUCCUCGAUACCUUCCAUGUCGUCUCCAAGGUUGAGAAACUCAUUAAGGAAUUGCCUAGUACGCCUUCCGAUUUUUCCACAGCAGACUUAAAUUCGGCAUCAAAGGGCUCCGUAAGCAACGAUGGUGUGCUGCAGAAUGUGGAAAGUGGGACAAAUAUUAGAGAAACCCAAAGCAUUCUUUUGGAAAGAAUUGCUAGUGAAAUGAACCGGCUGAAAUUCUACAUCAGUCAUUCACAGAACCUUCCCUUCAUCGAGAACAUGGAGAAGAGGAUCCAAAGUGCUACACUAUCACUGGAUAGUAGCUUAGGUAGUUGUUUUGUGGAUGGCCUAGAACAUCGUGAUGCAAAUGCAAUAUACAACUGCUUGCGCGCAUAUGCGGCCAUUGAUAACACCUCAGCUGCUGAGGAGCUUUUUCGUACAACCAUUGUGUCAACAUUGAUUCAGAAGAUUAUUCCCGUUAGCCCUACACCGGUGGUUACUGGGGUUUCUUCUGAUUUACUUGAGGAGGAUUAUCAGAAAAUAAAGCAAUGCGUUGAGAAGGAUUGCAAAUUUUUGUUGGAAAUAUCUUCGUUGGCAAACUCAGGAUUACAUGUUUUUGAUUUCCUUGCCAACUCAAUACUUAAAGAGGUCCUCUUGGCGAUUCAAAAGGGGAAACCUGGGGCAUUCUCUCCCGGAAGACCCACAGAAUUUCUAAAGAACUACAAAUCAAGCCUGGCCUUUCUUGAUUUUCUGGAAGGUUACUGUCCAUCUAAAUCUGCUGUAACGAGAUUCCGGUCUGAGGCUAUUUACACAGACUUUAUGAGGCAAUGGAAUGUUGGGGUCUAUUUUUCACUUAGAUUUCAGGAAAUUGCUGGAGGUCUCGAUUCUGCUCUUAGCGGCAAUAUUGUGCCUGUUGAGAUUCAUGGCAAUGAAGAGAACACCCAAACAUUGAUGUUAAAACAAAGCGGUAAACUAAUGGAAAGCUUGCGGUUGUGCUGGAGUGAUGAUAUUCUCGUCUUUUCUCACUGUGAUAAGUUUCUCCGUUUGUCUUUGCAGCUUAUUUCAAGGUACUCAACUUGGAUUUCUUCUGGCCUCGCUGCUCGCAAAGCUCGUGGUGGGAGUGCAAACUCUGCCCCAGAUGCUGAAUGGGCUGUAUCUGCACCUGUAGAAGAUUUGAUUUUUGUGAUGCAUGAUGUACGUAUCCUGGCUAGUGAGCUUUCUGGUGACUACCUUGGUCAUGUACUGCAGCUACUUGAUUCUUGCUCAGCUGAAGUACGAGAUCUUGUGAAGCAAAGCAUUCUGCAAGCUGGAAAAUCUUUAGAGGAGUUGUUACCUUCAAUAAUGGAAGUGAUGAUUGAGGUCAUAGUUGAGAAGUCUGUUGAGGACUUGAGGCAGCUGAAAGGUAUAACAGCAACAUAUAGGAUGACUAAUAAGCUUCCUGUAAGGCAUUCGCCAUACGUGUCAGGGAUUCUCCGGCCUCUGAAGGUGUUUCUCGAUGGAGAACGUGUUUCGUAUUUAACAAAAGAAGCUACAAAUGAUUUACUCCGUGGUGCAACAGAGAGGAUAACAAGCCGCUACUAUGAAAUGGCAUCAGAUCUAGUCAAUGUGGCAAAGAAAACAGAGUCUUCAUUGCUGAGGUUAAGGCAAGGUGCGCAACGGCGAGUAGGUGCAAGUUCCGACGCCUCUGACAACAAUAUAUCUGAUACUGAGAAGAUUUGUAUGCAGUUAUUCCUUGAUAUUCAGGAAUAUGGGCGCAACCUCGCGGCAAUUGGGAUCAGAGCCGCCGAUAUUCCGGCCUACCGUUCCUUGUGGCAGUGUGUGGCUCCUGAAGACAAGCAAGCAAACAUUGUUUUCUGAAACCACCCCCAAAUGAGCGAUAUUUAGAACUUUCGCCUCACCGAUCCUCCCCUAAAUUUUCCUGCCCCAUCUCUUUUAUAGUUUGCCGCGCUCUUCGCCCAUGCCGCAUAUGUAUACAGACACCCCAUACAGGUAAAAAUGCGCAAGUACCUGAUGCAUUUAUUGAUUCUUUGUUCUCGAAGAAACUAUUCCAUUUUCAAUGAAGCAGAGGCGAUUAGCAAUCCCGCCAUUAUGACGGAAAAAGUGUCUUUCAUAGUUCUCUUCAACUAAACACGUUUUGGCUGACUCUGUUGUAUACUGUAGAGCUGCUCGGUUUGAUGUGCUUAUUUGAAACCCUAGUCAAUUAAAGAUUAUUAAAUAUUCGUCGUCGAGCUUUGUGGUUGUUGGGUUGUAUUGUGUACUAAAUGCUGAACGGAUUAAAAGCUCUUAUGUCUUUUGUGUGAGAUGUAUCCGUGUGUCUGUUCAAGGGCUUGUGGUGAACUGGUAAUUAGUUGAUUACCAGCACAAAAAUACUUGCAGCUUAAAAGCUCAGGCCUCGUAAUUCGCUUUUUUCAGAAAAAAGAGAAUGGUGGGUACGAUCUUCAACUAGAGACCGUUCUAUCCACCGUCCAUGCGUCUUUGAGAUUUGUGUUAUUCUAAUGGAUGGAACCUUUGUUUGCACUUUGUUCCGUUUGAGAUUGUGAGUAGAUUGUGAGUAUAUUUUAUGUGACAUCAGAAAGAACGAGUGGAAAAUAUUCGGUUUGUUUUUA